GAACAAUUACCUUCUGAUACUUCUGUUCAAACCAUGGGACCUAUACAGCUUGGGAUUCAUGCAUUACAAUCCUUGAUAGCAGUGGUUAUUCUUGGCUGCUCUAUUGGCAAGGUUACAACGUCGUCAACAGCUGGCUUUGGAUUGGCCAUUUUUACCGCUAUCGCAACGAUCCUCGUCGGCGUUUAUAUUUUCACUGCGUCAUUCAUCGCCAAAAGUCUCUAUAAAGUAUGGCUUAUAGUUGGACUCAACUGCAUCACGGCAAUCUUCUGGAUUGCGACAGUAGGAGAAAUUGCAGCACAGACUUCUAGGCACUGUACAUCAAAUGGACACAAUCAUUGUUACAGGAAACGCUAUGAAAAUGACAACCAUGGCUUGGAAGGUGCAACAAUUGCAUUGAGUGUUAUAGAUGGCCUUUUGUCAAUUGCAUCGAUUGGCUAUACUGUAUAUCAGAAAAGAAACCGUCGUACACAGACUCCUGCAGCUGAAGAAUUCAGGCCAUGAUUAAUGCAUAAUCUAUCAGACUCAGUGGUAGAUUAGAUAAGAUGGUGGUUAUGGAGGGCUUGUGAAGAAUUGUGGAGUAGUACCCCAAUCUUUGUCCAAGUGUCUUACUUUCACAGUUUAAGCUCAAGCCAUG